AUGUCUGAAAUGCAUCCUGAUUCUCCUGCCAUCCUGCAUAGGGCUGUGAAAGAUAUCAUCUGCAACUUGGAGAAGCAGCUGAAGGUACAGCAAGACACACUACGAGUUCUGUACAAGGAGUGGAACUUCUGGGAGGCAGCCGGCGCUCUUCUUGACUUUGAUUUACUUGAAGUUAGCGACUUCAAGAUGACGGAGUUCGCCCGCCAAGUCUUCAGCCAGCAAGGCUUGGGCUUCGAUACCCCCUCGAUUCCCACCCCUAUUCCGUCUGUUAAUUUGUUCCCGCUAUCAGCCGAGUAUUCACAUCCUUCACCACCACCAAAGUCGUAUGGACAGCAAAUGGCACAACGCCGACAGGAUGAUUUCCGCUAUUACCUCGAACACCCGGAGAUGCUGGCGGUUAUGCCGGGACAAGUAUCGCCCACGGUUACUAACAUGAACAAUGCAUCAGUGCUUGAUCCCCAAUUAACCCUUCUUCAAUCUCGCAUGCCCCUUGCUCCCCCUCAAAACCCCCCUUUCUCUUACCACAACCCCGUUAGUCGCCCUCCAGCGCCUUCCCCAACAAGAAGGACUUCAGUCAAGAUUGUACAUCCCCCAUCAACAUCUACCACUCCCGAGGUACGUACUAACAACCUCCCCCCUCAAAAUGACCUCUUCUUCCUUAGGCGUAUGACUGCCUACCGCAAUUCUCGAUACGGCUCACAAAAGGGAAUCCACCCUACCGAUGGUAAGCGCAAUUACGAGUUUGACCCCCACUUUUGGGAGAAGAAAGAAAACUGGGACGGGACAGAUGAUUUCUGGUUCAAGCCCUCAACGCAGAAGAGGAGAAGAAUGGAUGAUGAGGAUGAGACUCUUUCGCCUUGUUCGGUGCUGAGGAAGAGAGUUAAGAGUGCUGGGGGAGUGUAACCAUGAAGUCAAUUAGGGGAUGAUAUGGUAAUACGGUGCGUGGGGGCGUGUGGAGAAGUAGAUACUCGUGGGUAAGUGGUAGAUUUUCUAACUGACCGAAGUUUAAGACGCACAACAUAGAUUGAAGAAAUAAAUAGAAUAA